ACAGAGAGAGAGAGAGAGAGAGAGAGGGGGGCCAGCCAGAGUCAGACUGAGACAUACAAAAGUUUCCGUUGUGCUGCAAAGAGAAACUGGGGUCUAUAUCUGAGUAUGUUGUAGAUGAAAUCAGAGAGAGUUACGCCACAUGAGGUGAGAGAUAGUGCCUGGGCACAAGAGCGUAAAAUGUUGAGUAAGAAGGGGAGGAGAGAACAGGGGAGGAGAGGGGUUGAGAUUGUUUAGGAAGGGUGAGUGGUUAUUUGUCUGUCUUGUUCUGCCCUCCCUUGCUCUCUCUUUUUCAGGGUUUUCUCUUUAUACUUUCUCUUUACAAACUGAACGGGAAAGAGACUGUUUAAAAAAUAUCGCCUACUUCUGGAGAACUGACCAAGGAAAUGGAGGAUUUAUGAAGUGAGGACUUUAUGAAUGCAGGCUUGAAAAAACACAAUUUUUGAAAGAUUGUUUGUAAACAUUUUUUAGAGAUUAUUUGUUUGCACUUUUCUGGACAAGACGUUUCCCCUCCACUCUUUCUAAACCACAGCAGUUGUCUCCAUUCCUGUUGGACUAUGGUAUAUUCUGGCGCUCUGCCCCUAUCUGGGUUACCUGAUUUCAUUGGAUUACUGAGGAACACUGGUGAAGAUAUAUUGGAUAAAGUGUGCUCCUUUCAACCAAAGCUGUCAACCAUAAAGAUACAAUGACAUCAUUUACUAAGCUGUCCAUGCCAGACAUGACAGACAUCUAGACCACUCCCUCAUUCAACUGUCACAGAUAGGGCUGCCAGACACAAACCGCCAGGCUGCACUGAACAGAUCCCACUCGGACUAACACACCACAACCAGGAAUCGCUCCUCAGGACAAUGGCCACGGGGGGGAACGGGCUAGGAUCUGACCGGAGCCUGACAUCCACCUCCCAGCCGCCCAGUGCCUCUGACCGGAGCCUGAAAUCCACCUCCCAGCCGCCCAGUGCCUCUGGCCGGCGGCAGGUGGACAAGGCCUUGAAGAGGCUGGAGAAGCUGCAUCGGCUGUGUACCAACCCCAGGCUGGGCCUGAGGAACAGCCCCCCGUACCUCCCCGAGGUGGUCUCAGAGACAGCCACGCUGCUCACCCAGGUGUGGGAGCCGUACAGGGGGCCUGCAGCAAGGGGGCAGGCCCCCCGGGGGGAUGAGGGGGAGUACCUGAGGAUCCAUGCAAGACACCUGCUAGAUAAGACUAACCGGGCCGUGCUGCUGUUUAAAGAGGGGCGCGAUAAGAUAUUCGAGGGGAUGUCCAGCUACAGGAGAAACUUGACCAAGCUGUCCCUGCUCUUCAGUCACAUGCUCUGGGAGCUGAGGGCCAUGUUUCCAGAGGGAAGCUUUCAAGGCGACACCUACAGGCUGACUAAGACAGAGGCCGGAGAGUUCUGGAGGCGAGCAUUUGGAAACAAGUGUAUUGUGCAAUGGAGCAGUUUUAAGCAGCAUCUCCGUAGGGUCCAUGGCUUUGAAGAGGGGAUGGAGUCCAUGGCUCUAAAGUCAACUGUAGAUCUCACCUGUAACGACCACAUCUCAGUGUUCGAGUUUGACAUCUUCACCAGGCUAUUCCAGCCCUGGAGGUCUCUUCUGAGGAACUGGAACCAGUUGGCAGUGACCCACCCCGGCUACAUGGCCUUCCUCACCUACGACCAGGUCAAAGCCCGCCUCCAAAACUACCUGCACCGGCCCGGGAGCUACAUCUUCCGUCUGAGCUGCACUCGGAUGGGCCAGUGGGCCAUUGGUCAUGUGACAGGUGAUGGCGGCAUCGUACAGACGAUCCCCCAAAAUACACCUCUCUACCAGGCCCUCAUCCAGGGCUUCAGGGAGGGCUGCUAUCUUUACCCUGAUGGACGUGAUGUGAACCCAGACCUCACCAGUCUGUGUGAACCAGCACAGAGAAGCAGGGUCAAAGUCACAGAGGAUGAGUAUGAGAUGUACUGUGAGAUGGGUAGUACCUUCCAGCUGUGUAAGAUCUGUACAGAGAGAGACAAGGACACACGCAUCCAGCCCUGCGGACACCUGCUGUGCCAACCCUGCCUCACAGGAUGGCAGAAGUCGGAUGGACACACCUGCCCAUACUGUCGCUGUGACAUCAGAGGGACAGAGUCCAUCCUUGUGGAGCCUUACCUGUCUGUCAGCGAGGAAGAGGAAGAUGAAGAUGACCUGGAGGAUGUACAGCUAGUCAUGAAAAAACUGGCCUAUAUGAAGAGGAUGUCGUCUGAAGAGUACCAGUUCCCCAGCUCUCGCCUGGCUCCACCCCUCCCUCCCAAACACAGCACCUUCUCCCACUGCCCUUCCCCACAAGCCCCCUUACGGCCCUCCGAUAUACUGGCCAAAUAUUCCCACUCUAACUCGCGUUCUGCUCACAAUGACACCCCCUCAGACAGAGCGCACACACACCACACUGCCAGCACGAAAAGAUGCCAGUGGGAGGAGCUAGCUAGUAGUGAGGAGGAGAAUUCUGGGGGGUUCAGACAACCGCCCACACUCCCAAUCUCUCACAGUGAGGAUUCUGUCUCAGAGCCAAACCUCUCCUCCUGUUCCGUCUCCUCCCAGUCCUGUGGAGAGGUUGAAGUCGGAAGUUUAUAUACACCUUAGCCAAAUACAAAUAAGU